GCCUUAGGGGUCAUUGCUCAACCAAAAACCAAGCCUAGACUUAUAUUUAGUGCAAGGAAAUCCAUUUUAAACGUGAACUAUAAACCGAAUGUGAACGCAAUGCCGGAACAUGGUGACAACAAUUAAGAUAACCUGCGAUGGCGUUUUCAUCCAGUCCAACACGUACCUCAUGCCCUCACCUGCCAGUGGCGCAGGUGCAGCAGGAUCUGCUGCCUCGGAACGGGCACUAAAAUCCUCGGCAUCGGCAUCCAAUUCGAACAACGAAAGCGACAAUUCCCAGACGAGCAGCGGCAGUCAGACCACCUCUAGUGCCAGUGCCAGCAAGCGAUCUAAUCGAUCGGCGGUGAGCCGGGGUCAUCGGGGCACAGGAUCAGGAUCCGCGGACACCCGACGUCGCUACUACUUUGGCAGCAAGGAUAUAUAUUGGUGCAAGCAGAGUAGAGAGGGUUCCGCUGCGGCAUCAGUCUGCGGAUCAGGACUAUCGCGCAGUGCUAGCAGUGUCACCCACAAGGAGGCGGGGAUUACACACGCCACCCACAGUGGAGGGCAGGUGAUUGCCCGGGCGCGUCGCAAGCCCAUCCUGCUCUGCAGCAGCCUCAGUGCUGCCUAUGCACCAUCCCGCAGGCGGGAGUUCUACUUUUGUGACAAGUAUGCACCGUCUCAAGGUCGGUCGGUCACUCCCACGAAGCCAAAUUCUGGUGCCGUCGCAUCUUCUCAGUCGCCCGCCCCGCCCAUUGAUGCUCGUCUGCUGAAUUUCCUGCGCUGCGCCCAUCGUAAGUUCCAGGCGGCAAAAACCAAAUCAGAGCCCCCACAGACCAAAGAAAAGUCCACCUCUGGGAAUUCCCGGGAAAGGACAAAGCAACGUGGACAGGAGUCCCAAUCGCUGCCGCCCAUCGCCAGUACCGAGGAGUGGUUCGACGAGGAAGCCCUAGCCAAGGAGGAGACUAGCCGGGCAAAGAAGCAGCAGCAGCAGGUGGAGGAGAAGGAGAAGCGGGAACCCCUCUCACGUAAGGUUUCCGGCGAGGGCGAUCUGAUCACCGUUGAGAUCAAGCAAGGACCAUUGAGGAAGGCGUCCCCACCCAAAGAAGCCCUAACGACCGGCUCGGCGAUGAACAGCCACGCGACGGCCACCCAAAACGGACAAACCACGGUCGUUGGACACCAUCGCGGAUUCUCGCAGCCCUCAGUAACGGUGGCCGCUGCGGCUGCAACGGGCAAUACAGCCGGCGAUCCAUGGUUCCUGCAGACCACCGGUCACCAAAUGCCGCCCACUGCACCGCUGCGGCACAACAAGCGGCCGGCGCCACAGCCGAACGCCGUUUUGGGAUCGGGAGCUGGCAUAUCGGCAGCCGGCGGGGGAUCAGCGGUGGGAGCUGUGCUGCUGCACCAACAGCAGCUCAGUCAGUCGCAACCGCAUAUUGUGCCGCCCAGCAUACCGCCGCAUCAUCACCAUCAUCGCGAGAGCAAUGUGCAUCCCAGCCAGGCGGGAGCGGCGAGCGCCUUGCAUUUGUCAUCGCAUGCGCUUAAUAGUCAUAAUUUAAUCAGCAGCGCCAGCAAUCAUUCGCCCAAGUCUCCCAGCCAGACGCAGCAGCAGCAGCAGCAGACGACAACCCAACAACAACAGCAGCAGCAGGUGUCCCACAGCAUACUAUCCACGUUUGCGCCUGCACCCACAGCCCCCUCUGGUUCAGCGGGAUCACAGCCAGUGGCGGGUACCGCGGCCGCUGUAGCCGCCGUUGCCCAGCAGCAACAGCAGCAGCACCUCCAGCUGCUGGCCAACUGCGGUGGGUCCAGCGGAUCGGGUUUGAUGUCCUCCUCCCUGAAUGCGGCGCAAAUGGCGCUACAUAGCGCCGAGCGGGCGCUGCCGCCAAAGAGCCUGGCCUUGAGUGGCAGCCAGCAUGGCAGCAAUAUGCUGCUGCACACGACGACGCAGCCCAGCCAACAGGCAACCCAGCCAGCGGCAGUUGGUGGGGUCAGCGGAACGGCGGGCAUGUCCACCUCGCUGCACAGCUUCGAUAUGAAUGGAGGUGUUGGUGGCGGUACGGGCGGUGUGAAUGCCAAUAGCGCGUGGUCCAGCGGUUCUACCACAGCCAUGAAUCAUGCCUCCCUCUCGCCCACAUCGAUGGCGCCGCAGCAAGGUCGUUCGCGGUGCGAGGUCAAGCUAAAUGCCAUGCCCUGGUUCCAUGGCAGCAUAACGCGAGACGAGGCAGAGCAUCUCCUGCAGCCAAGGGAGGAUGGAUUGUUCCUGGUGCGCGAGUCCACAAACUUUCCCGGUGACUAUACGCUCUGCGUUUGUUUCCAAACCAAGGUGGAGCACUAUCGGGUCAAGUAUCUGGAGAACAAGCUGACCAUUGACGAUGAGGAGUACUUUGAGAAUCUGGGACAGCUGGUGGCGCACUACGAGGCGGAUGCUGAUGGGCUGUGCACCCAGCUGAUCAAGUGCUUGCCCAAGCUGGGCAAACAAGAGUUCUGCAUCAACUCCAAAGAUUUCGUGGACAAGGGCUGGGUCAUACCGGAGGCGGAGCUGCAGCUGCGCGAGAGCAUUGGCAAGGGCGAGUUCGGGGACGUGAUGCUGGGCAUAUUACGUAACGAAAAAGUGGCCGUCAAGAUGCUCAAGGAUGAGGGGGCCGUUCAAAAGUUUCUGGCCGAAGCCUCCGUCAUGACAACCCUGGAACACGACAACCUGGUCAAGUUCAUUGGCCUGGUCUUCACCAGCAAGCACCUGUAUCUGGUCACAGAGUACAUGAGCAAGGGGUCACUGGUUGAUUACCUGCGAUCACGCGGACGACAGCACAUAACCAAAAAGGAUCAAAUCAUUUUUGCCUACGACACUGCCUCUGGUAUGGAGUAUCUGGAAGCCAAAAAGGUUGUGCAUCGCGAUCUGGCAGCCCGCAAUGUCCUUAUCUCGGAGGACUGUGUGGCCAAGGUAUCGGAUUUCGGUUUGGCCCGCGAGGAAUGCUACAAUCUAGACGUUGGCAAGCUGCCCAUCAAAUGGACGGCUCCCGAGGCUCUGAAAAAUGGGCGUUUCUCCAAUAAAUCCGACAUGUGGAGCUUUGGCAUACUGCUGUGGGAAAUCUAUUCCUUUGGACGCGUGCCUUAUCCCCGAAUUCCAUUAGCCGAUGUGGUGAAGCACGUGGAGGUGGGCUAUAAAAUGGAGGCGCCCGAGGGCUGUCCACCGGAGAUCUACGAGAUGAUGCGCCAGGCCUGGGACCUCAAUCCCGCCAAGCGACCCACAUUCGCAGAGCUCAAGGUGAAGCUACAACUGCUGAACAAUGCCACAGCGUGAGGAGACCUCGAUUGGGAUUGAUGCAGGAGAAACUACAGCGGAUUGUUCAGAACAGUUGCCAGCGAAGCCAGAGCCAGAGAUCAGAAGAAGCGAAUAAGCGCAGGCUGAAACCAACAACACCGAACACUGAACGCAACAAUUUUUCGUACGAUUAUAUACAUACUUGAAUAUAUAACUAAUUUACAACAAUUUAUUUACAUAUAUAAUUUAUGGAGUAAGUUUUUGUAAGCCUAAGCGAAGAGAUGGAACCCAACACAAUCAAGCAAUGUUAGUGAGUUGCGCCAGCUUCCGACAUAUAAUUAAAUACGAACUACGGGCAAGGACAAGAGGGUGGGGAAGAAGAGCUUCUGUGUAGCCUAUCUAACUACCUACUACCACAAUAUUACGUUAUCUGUGUAACUGUAGCUAUUUAUUAUCGGACUCCACUGUAAGAUUUAUUUUCUGUAUCCCCUGUAUCUUUAUGUUAUAGAAUACGCAUACAUAUGAGCGCGCCUCCACCUCCCUUCUUGGGGGCAAGCAAUUGUUUAUAGAAUGUGUUUCCCCAUUUGAAAGACGACAACUUUUAUUCGAGUUUCCGUUUCUGUUUGUAGCACAAAAACCAGGGGGGAUGAUGGGAUGACCACAAGGCACUUGUCCAACAAGUCGUUGGGGAAGAGAUCAAGCUGAGAAUUAGUUAAAUUUAGUUACAUUUAUUUGUAUUGGGAAUCAAAAAGAAGACAGCAAAAAAAUUAUAUUAAAAAGAAAAGAACGAAGGCGGCUACAGUCGCGUGUCCUUAAACUCAAAAAAUUAAAAAAGAUAAAAACACUUGUGAAAAUAUGCAUUACAUUACAACUUCUACAUAUAAUACAACAAUACACACAUAAACUACGUAUUUAGCAUAUGAAUCGAUUAAUAAUAAUAUAAAUACAUAAAUUAUUAUAUGCGCCAAGUUCGUGAAUAUAUUAUUCGUUCAUUAUUCGGUCCGUUCUUCUAACAAGGAAUCUCCUUCUCUCUGUACUCUAAUCGAACCGAUAAACGCAAAGUAAACCUGUAAUUUAUUUUAUAAAGAGUUACCCCCUUAAUUUACUUAAUAAUACCCAUGUAUUAUGUUAAGCAAAACCUUGUACAUUUAUGCGUUUUUAUUUCCAAACCAGCGGCAGCCACUUUGCUUUAACAUUUAAUUUUAGUCUACUUUAUGUAAAACACACACACACACCAUACACCCCUCACACACACAUACAAUUAAUUAAUUUUAAAGUUAUUAUUUUUUUAAAAACAAAAAAACACAAAACACAUCUAUCCACAUUGUAAAAGAAAGAAACGUUCGAGAGACCAGACAACAAUUUGCACCACUACCACACGAAACUUAAUUGAGGUGAUUAAACGAUGGCAGAGAGAGUUCUAAAACUUUUAAUAAAAGUAAAGAAUACAAGCAUGAA